AUGCAUGGCUUGAGCUACAGAUUCACUGAGAAACUCAGCGAGGGAAGUGCCAAGUAGCCACAAUGGCCAAGUUUGCUCUGGCUAACCUCUUGAUCCUCCUUGUGAACUUGGGCACUUUGCUCACGUCACUUGCUUGUCCCUAUUGCCCUUACCCAACUCCGCCAUCUAAACCACCACAGUAUCCUCCUAAGAUACCACCGGUGCAUCCUCCUCCUAAAGUAAAGCCACCACCAAAGUAUCCUCCCAAGAUAUCACCGGUGCAUCCUCCACCUAAAGUAAAGCCACCACCAAAGUAUCCUCCUAAGAUACCACCAGUGCACCCUCCCACAGUAAAGCCACCCCAUCACCCCAAACCCCCCAAACCCCACCCACCUAAGCCGCCUGUUGUUCCCAAACCUCCCAUUGUACAUCCCCCGUUCAAACCGAAACCACCCAUUGUACAUCCCCCGUAUAAACCGAAACCACCCAUUGUGCAUCCGCCCUAUACACCGAAACCACCCAUUGUACAUCCGCCCUUCAUACCGAAACCACCCAUUGUGCAUCCGCCCUUCAUCCCGAAACCACCAUAUGUUCCCAAACCACCAAUUGUGCACCCCCCCUUCAUACCAAAACCACCAUAUGUGCCCAAACCACCAGCUCUUCCACCACCAACUCUUCCACCACCAAAGCCUCCUGUGACUCCCCCAAUAAAGCCACCAACACCACCAAUUCUUCCACCACCAAAGCCUCCAGUGACUCCUCCAAUAAAGCCACCAACACCACCAAUUGUGAAUCCUCCAUCACCGGAAAAACCAUUUGUGAAUCCUCCAUCACCGGAAACACCAUGUCCUCCACCUCCACCACCUGAAACACCAUGUCCUCCACCUCCACCACCAAAGCAAGAGACUUGUUCCAUUGACACUCUCAAGCUAGGUGCAUGUGUGGAUGUGUUAGGUGGACUGGUCCACAUUGGUAUAGGCAGUAGUGCCAAGGAUGCAUGCUGUCCAGUGCUUCAAGGUCUUCUUGACUUGGAUGCUGCCAUAUGUCUUUGCACCACCAUUAAGGCUAAGCUUCUGAACAUCAGUAUCAUUAUACCCAUUGCUCUUGAGGUCCUUGUUGACUGUGGCAAGACCCCACCUGAAGGGUUCAAGUGUCCUGCUUAAUUAAUCAGGUUGUGUUGAAACAUGCAGAGUGUAACAUGUGUGAGCUUGAAAGUGUAAAGAAUAAUUGCAUGUAGGAUCAUGAAGUGGCCGGAAUUAAUGAAGCCUUUAAUUCAAGAGGAUAUCUUGUGUUUUGUUAUAGUUCUAGAGAAUUUUCUUAUGUUCCUUUCCUUCCCUUUUCAGAGAAUAUCUUAUGUUAAUUUCUUCAACUUGUUGCCUGUCAAAUGUGGGCAUACUUUCUUGAUUGCUUGAUGUUGAAUUCCAUCAAAAUGUGAUGAUGUCCAUCACUCUUGUGA